AUGAGGAGCCAACACUCCGCUCUGGGAAGUCGCCAAAUAUUCGCUGAAUACGCAAUCAAGGACAUCGUUGGAACACCAGUCCUACUUGUUCUCAGCGAGUGCGCUAAAGGAGAACAAUCUAAUGACCAGCUAACAGAGCGAAGCAAUCACAGCGAUCAAAUUUCACCAGGCAGUAGCAGUCACCUUAGCCCCAAUCGAAAAUCAGUCCCUGUGAACGGGUCGCCGUUAUCGUCAACAUUCGAAUCAGUAUCGCAGUCAUCACGAGGCUUACGUUACUUGAGUCCAUCAGUGCUAGAACGCGGUGUUUCCAAGCCCGGAGUAUCCAGACCACUUCCCGCUGAAGACAUUUUUCUUGAAUCUUCGACAACAUCGCGCAAGCGAGCUUUAGUAAAUGACCAGCGCCCUGCGUCUGUAAUUGACGUUUAUUCAAUUCGUGAUAAUCCCAAGCGAUCCAGGAGGGAACAGUUUGCAUAUAGCAUGCUGGACGAAGAAGAAGCUCGCAAACUUCCAGUAAUGCGCGGAUCUACUGUACCUUCAGAACGCUGGGCCCCUAUGCAUUCCUGUGCAGCUCCCCCACUUGUCAAAUCCAGUGCAUCCGUUCCAUCCCGCAUUCAACUUUUGUCUUCAUCAAUGGCGUCGCAGAGGAAACCGUACUGGCGUGAUAUUACGAGGACGUUUCAUGAAAAGCAACAAAGUACUGACUCAAAAGAAACCCAUGAUAAACCUGCGAGCAGCUCGAUACAUCCUUUAUUUGACAUGGAGAAAAACGGGUGCAGUGCCAGUGGUUCUUGUUCCAAAACAGCGCAGAAGAGUGGAGAUGAAGUUCCCGCAAAAUCCUUGAAGCCACAUAUGCCUAAUAUAAAAGGAAGUGAUGGGAAAUCUAUCAGCUGUAACGUGUUUAACGCUUCUAAGUUAAUCGACGGGGAAAUGACGGGUGACUCCGCGGAUCAAACGAAUGACCUCCCUUUGUUUGCCCCGCCGAUAAAGGCAGCUCCAUCCGCAGGGUUCCUCGACGACAUGGUUUUCACCUUCGGUGCACCAGUCGAACGCUUGCCAGGGCAAAGUGUUAUUGACCAAACAGUGACUGAAGAAUGCGGUCGAAGUGGUUCUGAGGGAUCUGAAAGCAGCGGUGAUGAUUCGGAUAAUGAACAGAGCAGUUCUACAUCUGAUGCUGAGGAACCUGCUGAGCACGACAAGGAGCAGAAGCCCUCCCGUCCACCUACUGCUGCAGAUAGCGAAACUUCUGGCGCGAUGUCAUCAAACAAUACUCCAGUAUCGUCUAAAGAAGUGUCGCCACAAACGAAGGCGGAAACGUCUUGGAGUUGCCCAGAUUGCUUCAUCACGAACAAGAAUGUCUCAAUUUGCGCUGCCUGUGGACAUAACAAGGAUGCCCCAACUACUUCCAAAACACUGGUUUCCAACAUUUCAUCGAUAGGGAAACCUAGUGCAAGUGGAUUUAAAUUUGGAUUCGGCACAGAAGGAGCUAAAGCCAGCAGUGGGCCUUCGAACACCACAUCUGUUUCGUCCAGUUGCGCCAAUUCGCUAUCUGAACCCACUGUUUCGAUUGCGACCUCUGAGAGCAAACAAGACCCAAGUAAAGGUUCGGCGACGGAUAGUUCAUCUACACAGGCAGGUGCACCUAAAGCGAGUGGAGCAGCCACGAACCGCGUAGCAUGGGAGUGUCCAGAUUGUAUGGUUCAAAAUAAGGAAUCCGACGACAAGUGUGUGUGCUGUGGCCAUGUGAUGUACAAAUCUGACGAUGCUCCUUCAAAAGAAAGUACAAGCGUGUUCGUUUCAUUCGGGUUUGGCGCUCCGAGUAGUGCUACUGCUACAUCUGGAGCUGCUCCUGCUGUCAAAUUUGGGUUCGGUGCUAGCGAAAAGCCAGUUAUCGCUCAGCAGGAACCGAAAACCGUGGCGAAUAGCACCGAAACGAGCUCUGCAUCUGCAGUCGUUUCCUCCUCUGCAUUCUCUACAGCACCUGCGAAGGAAAUAUCUAUUACGAAGACGACAUCAACUCCUGCAUUCGAGAGUACGAUAGGGAAAGCUGAUCAAACAAAGCCAAGCCAGCCACCGUCUUUUUCCUUGGGGGCUGGUGCCGCAAUCUUUGGUGCCGGAGCGAAGCCUCCCUUGUUUGGUUCCUCAUCAUCGUCCUUGUUCAACACCUCUCAUUCCACCGGAUCAUUGCUGACAGCAUCGUCUUCAACCGCACCUGCUCCGACAACAACUUCAGCCAGCGAUUCACGUGCAGCUUCUACCACCGCUCCUACUCCUUUUGUUUUCGGAGCAACUACAAACGGUUCCAAACCUUUGAAUGUUUUUGAAAGUAAGAAGGAUGAAAACUCUACGAAAGCUCCGCUAUUCGGAAGUGGGCUCACAUUUGGAAAUGGGCCAACUACGACUGAACAAGUUUCGUCUGCUUCUGGUAUUCUCGGCACGUCAUCAAACACACAAACAAACACGGUAGCUACCGGAAAUUCUUUGACUGGAUCCUCGUCAGGCCCAAGUUUGUUUGGAGCUAGCUUGACUGCAAAACCGCUGUUCUCGACGUUUGGAAAUACGUCGGAUUCCAAACCUUUUGCUGCUAACGUCGGUGGUUCUACUGAAAACUUUAAGCCGGCUCCGUUUGGAGGAGCUCUACCAGGGUCUGGCGAAACUCUCAAAGCGCCUCUUUUUGGUGCUUCGACCAACUCUUUGAAUAAACCGCUCUUUGGCUCAAAUGCUGCGACUGCCGCUCCCGCUACGAACGGUGGCCUAUCUUUCAACUUCGGUUCAAGCAGUAAUGCAUUUGGAGCAUUCAAUACUGCAAAUCCCUCGGCUUCAUCAAUCUCAUCCUUACCAUCUACAUCAUCAGCCCCUUCAGUUUUUGGAAGUGUUUCAAAUGUAGCCGACACGUCCAAACCCUUCCAAUUUGGUACCACUAUACCCGAGCCAACAUUCCAAUUUGGGCAAACGAACGCAUUCAGUGGUUCUACUCCCUUUCAAUUCGGCUCUUCUCAGCCGUCUGCUCCCGCUGCACCAACCUUCCAAAUCCCUGGUAUUACCGCUCCAGCUGCGCCGAGCUCCAAUUUCUCCUUUACAUCUAGUGGCACUCGUAAGAUGGUGGCUGCUCGGCGACGUUUGCCUCAGCGGAAGUAA